UACCUAACAACGCGCUUUUAGGGCGCAGCUUGCCAGCGCCGGCGACGGAAAACGGCAUGAAUACCCAGGUCAUCGAUUUGACAUCUGAGGAGAGCUCGAGCACGCAGCGGUUGACCUCGUUCGAGGCGUCGACGGAGGCGGCCGCGGUGACGCCGGACACGAGCGGCGACGCGGCGCUGGCCGAGCGCCUCGCACGCAAGGAGUCCGCGCGCGCGAAACCGAACGGCGACGCGCCGGACACGAGCGGCGACGCAGACCUCGCGGCCAAACUCGCGGGCAGCGGCCCCGCGGACACGAGCGGCGACGCGGACCUCGCGGCCAAACUCUCGGGCAGCGGCCCCGCGGACACGAGCGACGACGCGGCGCUCGCCGCGCGUCUCGCGGGCCAGGCGGACCGCACCGCGGGCGACGCGGCCUACGCCGCGCGGCUGGCCGCCCGCGACGCCCGCACGGAGGGCGACGCGGCGCUGGCGAGGCGCCUCGCCGCCCGCGACGCCCGCACGGAGGGCGACGCGGCGCUGGCGAGGCGCCUCGCCGGCGCGGACGACGCGAAGAGACGCCGCGUCGAGCCCGCGCCCGUCGCCGCGCUCGCGUCGAUCCGCCGGUUGCUCGGCGCGGAUCCCGCCGACCUGGCGCGGCCCGACGAAGCCGUCCGGCUCUACCCGCAGCCGGACGGCUGGAGUUGUGGCUACCGCUGCCUGCAGACGCUCGUGUUCGCGCUGCGGCGCGCCGGCGCCGAGUACGGGACGGCCCUGGCGUCGGCGGGCCUCGCGGAGCCCGGCGGCGUCGCGUCGGUCUCCGCCGUCCAGGCGGCGGUCGAGCGCGGCUGGACCCGCGGCUUCGACCCCACGGGCGCGCAGCAGACGCGAGACAGGCUGCGCGGGCGCUUUCCGUUCGUGGGCUCGCGCGAGUGGAUCGGCUGCUGCGAGGCGUGCGUCGCGCUGCGGAGCGCCGGCGUCCGCGCGGACGUCCGGGGGUUCGACGGGCGGCGCGACGGCCUGGCCGCGCGGCGCCUCGUCACGUACCUCGCAGACUACUUCAAGAACGUCGUCGGCGUCGGAUCCGACGACGUCUGGGGCGCGUCGUGCCUGCCGCCGGCGCUCGUCUGCUUCGGCGGCCACAACCGCUGCGUCGUCGGCGUGUCGCGCGACCGGCUCGUGCUCCUCGACCCGAAGUGGCGCGAGCCGCGCCUCCAGUGCAUGGCGCCGGCGGACCUGGCGCGCCACGCGCGCCAGUGGGAGUGCCUGGUCGUGCGGCCGGGCGUCGCCACGCGUCCGCUGCCGACGGAGCCCGGCGAUCCGGCCUGA